AUGGCGGCGGUGGCGACGACUCGCUGGGUGUGCGUCUUCUACGCAGGCGAGGUGGCGUGGCACCAGCACUUGAAUCUGGGGCGGGUGGCAUUGUCCGAGGCUGACCACGUCAUCUACACGGCGGACGGCGAUCUCUACAUCGUCGCGUUGGCCAACAAUGCUGAUGUGCAGGCGGCGCGGUUCGGUGCCUUCAACCCGCCGCCUCCAGGGAUCGCGGGCAACCAGGUGCAUGGGUUCAGAGCCGAGCCGACGGAUGCGGAGCUGGCCCAGCUCACCUUGGGGGCGGAGCAGAUCGCCACCGCGGAGUGCCGCACCAGAGCUGCCGCCAUCGGCAACCUCGGCCUGCUCACCAACCUGCGGCCGCUGGUCGCGCCUGGAGGAGGAGGAGUGGUGGCCCCUGUCGCGCCCGCGGGUCCUGCGCUGGGCUUGCUGCGCGGCGCUGCCGCGCUCCCCGCUGGUGCGCCUGGAGGUGACCCCGCUGGGGUGUGGAGGGCGGCCGCUUGCGAGGGCGGAUAUCGGAUUGGCGAUGAGGUGCCCGGGCACGUGCCCACUGCAGCUCGAGUCCAGGAUCGGGACAUUCAUGUGCUGCCAGACGGCCAGGGCCUGUUCGUGGAGUUGGUGCCGCCAGCCGCCCUCGAGACCUUCUUGCGUAAGGCUGUAGAUGCGGACGCCAGGAUCUUGCCCAUUGUUCGAGAUGGGCAGGGUCGCCGCGACGUCCCGUGGCACAAGAUGGUAGAGAUGACCCGCCAGGAGGACUUCGGCUCGGACUGGACGCUGCCGGGCCCGAGGACGGCGGCGCGGUGCAUGAACUACCUGCAGCGGGAGGGCCUCGGCAUAGAGGGCCAUCACGAGCACUUCAGGCAGAUCUGCAGGCUCGCCGCCACGGAUUGGGGAGUUCAGGAACACUACCAGCUGUGCCAGCAGAUCAAGGCGGCAACCUGCCAGGACCUCCUAGACGGGACGAACUUGAUCAGCAUUGAGAUGAAGUUUAGGAGGCUCCAGACCAUCGAGUUCGCCCACUGGGACAAGGCCAAAGACGCCGAGAGCAAAGGCGUUGGUGGCAAGAUGAGUCUGGAGGAGUAG